AGAAAUAUAGAAAAAUUGGAGUUCCGGUCGUCGGAAAAAGGUACCAAACGAAAGGAAUCGAUGGUACAUGACAAGAAAAGCUUAAAAAUACUAACCGGAAGCUCGGAGGGUGCUCAUUCGCUGGAAAAAGUGGUCGCCGGAAAAGUUCACUGGAAAAGUUUGCCGGAUUCAGCUACAGUGGUCAGAAAAAUGUGCGGUCUGACGAGACAAGUCUGGGGGUGCCUUCAUAUUUCGGUGGGUCUAU